UUUGAGAAGUAGGUGCUAAGGAGAGCUGUUCUGUUGGAGUGUAGAACCUGAAAGUCCAGUAUCAUCAGAGAUCAAAAUAAAGGGAUGUGCUUAAGCAAGUUUGUGAAGAACUAGUUUUGGUUUCUCAACAUUUACAGAAAAGGAAAUGUUAAUUUAUACUUAAAAGGUGGUAUUGUUUCCCACUUCCCUUUUAUUCCUCCUAGCAGCUCUGUUUUGAAAAGUCACUUGGUACUACUAUGAUUAUAUCCUGCCUCUGAGAUCUGGGCUGAUGUAUUGCUGAAAGAAGAUUACUUUCUAUUUACCCUGAAUCAAAUCUAUAUGCUUCUUUGGAUAUCACUAUGGAUUCUUGUAUCCAUCAAUGGACAAGCAUCUGCUGCAAAGAAGGCUGUGGUAAUACCAAGUCCUUCAUGGAUCCCUGUUUUCAAAGGGGAGAAGGUGACUCUGACCUGCAGUGGAUUCCAUUUUCUAGAGGGAGAGAAAUUGUGGUGGUUUUAUGAACAGAAAUGGCAGAAAAAGUCAAACCCUCUUGAGGUUAAAAAGACUGGAGAGUACAGAUGCGAAAAGGACGGUUUAAUGCAUAGUGAUCCUGUGUAUCUGUUAUUUUCUACUGAUGACCUGAUUCUUCAAACUCCAUACUCUGUGUUUGAAGGAGACACAGUGCUCUUGAUAUGUCGAGGAUGGAAUGAUGUAUUACUCAAACACAUUUCAUACUAUAAAGAUAAAAAGCCCUUUUCUGGUGUCAAUACAAAUUCAACUCUCUCAAUCCCUCAUGCAAAUUCAGAUCACAAUGGUUGGUAUUCUUGCAAGGCCCAGUUGAAAUGGUCUCAAAAAACUUCAAAAGAUGUAAAGCUCCAAGUCCUAGAACUGUUUUCACCUCCUAAGAUGAAAACUACAACCUCUGAACCUAUGGAGGGGACCCCAGUGACCCUGAGCUGUGAAACCCAGCUUCCCCUACAGAGGUCAGACACCAAGCUAAACUUCUCCUUCUUCAGAGAUGGGAGGGUCAUCACAUCAACCCAGCAGAAGUCCCAGGUGCUCCAGAUCCCAGCCAUACAGAGGGAAGAUUCAGGGUCCUACUGGUGUGAGGCAGAAACUAUGACUCAAGAUAUCAAGAAACAGAGUGAACAUGUAAAGAUCAGUGUGAAGAGAAUCCCUGUCUCUGGCAUCCUCCUGAAAAUCCGACCUCCAAAGACACAAGUGAUUGAGGGAGAGAAGCUAGUCCUCGAAUGUUCAGUAGCUGGGGGAACAGGAAAUAUAACAUUUUGCUGGCACAAAGAUAAUGUCAAAGAUUGUCUAAGAAAGAAGACUCAGUACUCAUUGAAGGAAGAGUUUGUGUUCUCUACUAUAAAGAAGAGUGAUGAAGGAAGAUAUCAUUGCGUUGCUGACAAUAACAUCAAUAACAUCAGCAGUGGGAUAGUGGCUUUCAGUGUGAUAAUUCCAGUGUCUCGUCCUCUUCUCACCUUCAGUGCAACUGGGAUGCAGACUGUGGUGGGGAAUGUGGUGGAGUUACGAUGUGAAGUCCUCAGAGGUUCUGCUCCAAUCUUCUAUCAGUUUUAUCAUAAGGGUUUAAUCUUAGAGACUAUCUUGGCGCCCUUUGGAGGCAUAGUGUCCUUUAACCUCUCUGUGACAAUUGAACAUUCUGGGAAUUACUCCUGUAAGGCCAACAAUAGUUUCAGUAGUCAACUCAGUGAAAUUCUGGAACUCUCCAUCUUAGGUAAGUUACAAAUCCUGGAUCCAUCCCAGAAUCCCCAAAAUGUAGAAAACAAGAAAACAAACAAAAAAACACUUCCUAUCAUGCUGUCAAGUCAGUGCUUUCUGAGAAUGAGCCACGCUGGAUAUUUCAUAGUACAUGGAAAAAGUGUAUGUUCUUACACUCCAGAAAUUUUGUUCAAAUUGAUGUCUCUUUUUUGCCUAGACCCCACAGGGAGGAGCUUACUCAUCAUGGGAAUCAUGUUGUCCCUUCUUGGCAUCCUGAGUCUUACUGCUGUUGUCCUUCUGAUUUACUUCAAGCUCAAGAGGAAAUCAGGAAGAAGUCCUGUCUCUAAGCCUUCUAGGGACCUACCUAUCACAGACCCUCAAGAAUCUGGCCACUCAAAUUCAAUCACCCCAGUGGAGCUUCAGCCAAUAUAUGCCAAUGUGACUCCAUUCAUUGAGAACGUGGUCUAUUCUGAAGUAUGGAAUAUGAAGCAGGGAAAAAUAAAUAGAGUCAACAACUCAGUGACCCCUCCAGAGGACAAGUACUCCUCGGUGACAUAUUCUGAAGUCAAGACAUAUAGCCCUAGUAUUCCAACAUGGAAAGAUGGGGCCAUUGAUAAAAAUCAUGAAGAUGUUACAGAAAAUUAUGAAAAUGUCCUGCUCUCCUGACCUAGACUCUAGACCCAUUGGAUUUUUCAGGGAUCUUCAAUUUAUGUCACCUAUCUGUUUUCCCCUCUGAUACUCUUUCUUCAUUUACUCUGAGGUGAAGCUGGCACAUACUUUAUUCAGAGUAGACUUAGCAAGAGGCACCAGUGCUCUGGAUAACAUGUGCUCAUAGGGAAAUAGAAAUAAUUAAAGAAUCAAAUAAAGUCCAUUCCCCCUAAAACACCUCAAGAACAGAAGAAACUGUGCAAAAUUAUCACCACAAAAAAAUGGACCAAAAAGAAUCUACAUUAAAAUGCUCUAGUUGUUAAAUCAAUUAGUCAUAUCUGACUCUUCAUGACCCCAUUUGGAGUUUUGUUAGCAAAGUUUGUCAUUUCCUUCUCCAUUAUA